CCGACUCAAUCCGUGCCUUUGCGCUCUUCGUGGAUCCCAAAGAACGCCAUGCAGCCCAGUCGUCCCGCCGGCCUGUGCGCCGCACUCCUGUUGCUGUUGGUGGCCGCCGCCGCCGCCGAGUCGGUGAGAGAAACUGAGACCAUGGGACCACAAAUAUACCCUGAAGAAUUUCCUUCAGGAGAUUUGCCAGAUGAUGAGGACUCAAGACCUGACUUUAUAAUCGAAGAAGAUAGCUUCUCGGGUUCAGGAGAUGAAGAAGACUAUACAGACACUGAGUAUGACUUGGCUUCAACUCCUGACAGUUCUUUGAACUCUGUGGACAACUUUAUCCCUGAUUCCAAAAAAGAGACCCUGGAUAGAAGUGAACCAGCUGUGAUAGAAAAUGAGAUUAUCAUUCCCAACAAAGCCGAACACCCUGAAGAAGACCUGUCCAACAAGAUCUCAAUGGCUAGCACAGCCAAUGGCAGCAUCUUUGAGAGAACAGAAGUUCUUGCAGCCCUUAUUGCAGGUGGAGCAGUUGGGUUGCUGUUUGCUGUCUUCCUGAUCCUUCUCCUCGUCUAUCGCAUGAAGAAAAAGGAUGAGGGUAGUUACGACCUUGGCAAGAAGCCAAUCUACAAGAAAGCGCCUACAAACGAAUUCUACGCCUAAGGCUUGCCAAUGCCACAUACCCACUUGAGAGAAAUGGACAUUGUU